AUGGAUAUUGAGACAACUUUAAACGCUCAAGAUAAUGACCUACCUGAUCCUAUCCGCAGCAGCAAUAAGUGUAGCAAAAUAAUGGAAGUUGAAGAUGAACAGCCAAGCAAGAUAAUGGAAGCUACAAUUACUGGACCCGACACUGAGGCUAUCUCUCAACUUAUUUGCAACUUUCAAAAGGACUUUGCCUUGAAAGAUCGGGGACCUCUUCAUUAUUUUCUUGGAGUUGAAGCAUUAUUUGACAAACAUGGAUUGUUUCUUUCUCAACGCCGGUACAUUACAGAAUUGCUCAAGAAGACAAACAUGCUUAAUGCCAACGGGGUUUCAUCCCCCAUGUUUUCAUCGGCAUCUCUUUCUCAGUUCACGGGCGAUGCUUUUUCAGAUGAAACUCUAUAUAGGAGCGUUGUUGGCUCUAUUCAAUAUCUUUCACUAACACGGCCUGACAUUGCUUUUGCUGUAGGACGUGUUUGUCAGUUUAUGCAUUGCCUCACAAUUCCUCAUUGGAGUGCUGUCAAACGCAUAUUGCGUUAUUUAAAACAAACAAUACAUCAUUCCCUUUUGCUCAAAAGAAAUUCAUCAUAUCAUCUUCAAGCCUUUUCUGAUGCAGAUUGUGUAGGUUGCCCAGAUGAUCGACGCUCUACUAGCGGAUAUUGCUUAUUUCUAGGCAACAACCUUAUUUCUUGGAGCUCCGGAAAGCAGAAAACUGUAUCUCACUCAAGCGCUGAAGCAGAAUACCGAGCUAUUACUGACACCACUGCAGAAUUAAUAUGGGUUCAGUCAUUACUUCGUGAGCUUGGUAUUUCUAUUCCUCAAGCCCCAAUACUCUAG